AUGAAGAUUGAGUCGAUUCUCAACCAGUUCAAUGAACUAGAUACGGAAGCAAGAACCAGCAGAGAAAGCACACAGCCAGAUAGCGCACAAUGGGAACGAAGAGGUUCAUCAUUCCUGUCGUCGACCCCACCACCAGAGAGUACUCAGUCUAGAACGUCAAGUGUACGAUCCGACAGUCGAACUCGUACGCCUUGGGAUGCUGGAGGUUACUCUCUGCCUAGGGACAAUAUCUCGACCCCUUCUUCCCGAUCACCCUUCUCGACCGUCUCUUGGGGAGAGCAGCAGGAAAGUCAACGGUUGCAGAAUGCACCUAAUAACGCCCUAAGAAACGUUUCAGUGGAUGCAUCGGCUUCCUACACGUUGCCCGUUCGAAGAAUGGCUUCUACUCCAGAUGUUCAUCAAGAUGCAUGGACUCCAAAAAGCCACCACAGUGAAGGCCGUCCUUCCCAGCACAUACGAAGGUCGAGUCUCUGGACCGAUUACAAUACGUCUCCAGCGUCAGGAAGUCAUAAAAUUUCGGAUAGCCGCAGUAGCUUCUCAUCUUGCUGUUCGUCGACGUUCUCUGCCAAUCAUUCAAGAAUUUCAUCAGUGUCCACUAUCAACGGAAGUCAUGUCAUGGGUUCUGGAAUCGCCGACCUGGAGGCUAAACUAGAACGUUUACCAAGACUAUCAGCACCACUCCCACCAGUCGUUACUACUCCGUCCGGGAAACCAGAGAUACGCUUACCACAUACUGCUAAUGGGGUUGGCCCAUGGUCUUCUGGGAGCCCUUCUGACUCAAUUCUAGAGGCGAGGAUGGUAAGAAGGAAAUACAACCAAUUGUCAGGAGAUCAAAGCUACUUGAAGCCAAAGGACCAUCUAUUGAAGCCAGUGGAUCGUGUUCAUAAGCGUACCAUCUCAGCGCCAAACCCUGCCCACGGUUCUACUCAACCAUUUGGUCGGACAACGGCGACUCUACCACCACUUACGUCUAGGCAUUUUGAGACGGCAGCGCUUCCAUCACCACAGAUCAACACAGUCUAUGAGCGCCCAGGUCUUGAGCAGUAUCCUUGGAUACACUCAGAAGAACAUUCGCCAGCCCCCAGCAUGACUACCAAGUCCCCCUUCGAUCCGCAAGAGAGUGGCAGGAUUUUGCCCGAUAGAAGUAUACACGUGAUGCCCUAUUCCAACUCGAACGAUCGCGUUAUCGCAGCAUGCCGUCGCUUCAGAAAGGUUGAUGUCAACACACCUCUUGAGGGCGGCGACAUUUGUAUGGCAGUUGAAAACUGCACGACCGGCUCCGUUCCUCGCAAGGUUAUCUCACAUCUGUUUGGUCGCAACAAGGUCUGCACCCGUCGCAUACCUGAGCGUGUCUGGGUAUGCAUGUGCCGCAAGCACUAUCAGAGAAUCCGCUACCGCACAGGAGCCGACUUUAGCGUGACUCAGAUCGGUAUGGUAUACGAGCAGAUUGUCAGAAUGAUUUUUUGGAGUCGAGGAUUGGAGAACCCCAACGGAACCAACCAAGAAGGCAUCGCCAUUCGAUCAUGGACCUUCUCGAUUCGCAGGCGCGAGGUAAAGCGCAUGGCAGAUACAAACGGCCGAGACCUCGUUCCUCGUUGGAUCAUGCAAAGCCUUGGGGAGGGCAAGACGCACGACGAGAUUUUGGACGUCGUUGAGCGUCUUCACCAUGAAAUACAACAAGGAACACUCAAGGAUGUCCCCCCUGUUGAGUUUCUUCCAGAAGUUGUUGAUGCUUUCACAAAUGCACCUGCCCAACUUCAGACUCAAGUUGCAAAUGGAGGUGAAGUAUCUUUUGCCAGCCAUCCUGGCCGUUCAUUGAACACUGGCGACGCAACAGAGUCCCCUGUCUCAUUCGUCAAAGAAUCAUCUCCCCUCGAACCAGUUCAGGAGGAAAUAUACAUGAGCGAGCGUAGCAGCGAAAAAUCAACAUCUUCGACUACCCCUCCCGCUGUCUACGAAGGCUCUCGACCUGCCUAUCAUUAUCAGUCACAUAUCGACAAUGUGCCCAGCCGACGUACCUCUUACGCAUUCGGCUCUCGGUCCCCUUUCGCCGAUUCAGGCCCAGGCCCAGAUAUUGAUCGUCGAUCCAGUCUUGCCUACCAUGACAGUCAGAACCCAGUACCACCCUCAAUGAGCUAUUACAGUAUUAAUCGUCAGAUGCAGGCGCCCACGAUCGAUCACCGAGGUUCAUGCGAUAGUGAUCCUCUCCUUCAGACGGCCUACGGCGGUGGCUACCACCAUGGGCUGAGCGAGUUUGUACUGACAGACAGAACCCUCCCAAACCAUGCGGUUGCUGCGUCGGCAAUGGCCCGCGAUAAUCUUGCACCAUACGGAACGGGACACCUUACGCGCAGCAGCCGGGACAGCCAUGAGCUCCAUGCCUCGAUACCCGACCCGCAAUCUACUUCCGGCCCUCUGGACCAUCGUCCCUUCGGCUCCGGUUCAAGUCAAGGCCAAGCCAGUGUCUACUCGAAUCGAAAGCCAAUGGAACGUCAUUGCCAGACCAGAAUGAACAGCGCAGACACCUCUAUCUACCCAAAAAUACCCGAUGAACACUACUACAUCGAUGUCCCGCAUCUACAAACCCACCAGCCUUCUUGGUAUCCCCCCGAGACUGAGUGGAACGCUAGGAUCGGCCGCUCUAUGAACCAAUACCAGCAGCACACAUUGGCUUGCCCCGACAAAGCUAGCCUUUAUCAUUCGCACCAGUUCCCUAACGAGGAAUCUUCAGAGUGGUCUGGUACUGAUCGACCCGCCAGCAUUGGAAUUUCCACCAUGUAUCCAGCGGCGGUCUGUCACUCAGGUCACCCAAACGGAUCUUUGUCUAUGGGCGGUUUCGACGUCGAGCAUUCUCGCGGAAAUCUCAAGGCAUACCAGCACAAUUGGUCGGCUAAUGAAACCGACAAUGACCGGCAUGGUGCUCGAGCUUCUGAUAGUGGUCGCCAGGAAAGGGGAUAG